AUGAACCAGUCCCGAUGGAUUGAAUGGAGGACUCUGAAUAUGAGCAGUAGUGUUAUGAACAUAUCUGAGCAUCUCUCCUGCCCUCUUGGAUUUGGUCACUACAAUGCAGUUGACAUCUGUAUCCUUGAGACAGUUGUUAUUGUCUUGCUAACAUUUUUAAUUAUUGCGGGUAACUUAACUGUGAUAUUUGUUUUUCACUGUGCUCCACUUCUGCAUCAUUAUACCACCAGCUAUUUUAUUCAGACCAUGGCCUAUGCUGAUCUUUUUGUUGGAGUCAGCUGCUUGGUUCCUACUUUGUCACUGCUCCACUACUCGACAGGUGUCCACGAGUCUUUGACUUGUCAAGUUUUUGGAUAUAUCAUCUCUGUGCUAAAAAGCGUAUCUAUGGCAUGUCUUGCUUGCAUCAGUGUGGAUCGCUAUCUCGCUAUUACAAAGCCUCUCUCCUAUAAUCAACUGGUCACACCUUGUCGCUUGAGAAUCUGCAUCAUUUUGAUCUGGAUAUACUCUUGUCUGAUCUUCUUGCCUUCCUUUUUUGGUUGGGGAAAACCUGGUUACCAUGGAGAUAUUUUUGAAUGGUGUGCUACCUCCUGGCUAACUAAUGCCUAUUUUACUGGCUUUAUCGUGUGCUUACUAUACGCUCCUGCUGCCUUUGUCAUAUGUUUCACCUAUUUCCACAUCUUUAAAAUUUGCCGGCAGCACACCAAAGAGAUAAAUGAUCGGAGAGCUCGAUUUCCUAGCCACGAAGUGGAUGCUGCUGGGGAGACUGGGCACAGCCCCGAUCGCCGCUAUGCCAUGGUUUUGUUUCGGAUAACCAGUGUGUUCUACAUGCUGUGGCUCCCCUAUAUCAUAUACUUUCUGCUGGAGAGCUCUAGGGUGUUGGAAAACCCAGCACUUUCCUUCUUAACGACAUGGCUUGCUAUAAGCAAUAGUUUCUGCAACUGUGUGAUAUAUAGCCUCUCCAACAGCGUUUUCAGGCUGGGACUGCGGAGACUGUCGGAGACAAUAUGUUCAUCUUGUAUGUGUUUAAAAGACAGGGAUGUACGGGACCCUAAACCAAGAAAACGGGCUAAUUCCUGCUCCAUUUAA